GCUUAUAUUGUAAUUACUAUUGAAGUAAAAUUUAUUGAUGUUGCUCGCAUAACCAAAUAAUGAGUCACUGCAUUGAUUUCAAACAAGCAAAAUGAAUGAAAUGAAUGAUUAUAUUUCUGAAUACUUCAAAUUUAUUCGCCCUUCUUUCCUCUGUUUCCAAUCGACAAUGCGAAUGAGAAUGAGGAGAUUUUCCAACAACCUUUCUUCAAUCCCUCCGAACAACCUCCGCCCUUUCUCCCAACUCUCCACCAAUUUUCCCGACAAAAUCAUUUCAACCCCAAAUUUUCCCGAGAAAAUUAUUUCAACCUCAAAUUCUCAAAAUCAAAUUUUGGACACCCUCUUAACCCACAAAUCCAACCCCAAAUCAGCUCUCAAGUUCUUCAAAGGAGUUGAACGGAAACGAGGGUUUGUUAAAACCGUUGAUGUUUUCUCUUUGUUACUUCAGAUUCUAUCUUCCACCCCACAAACUCACAGUUCCCUUCGAAAUUUGCUCAACAACUAUGUUUUUGGUGAUUCUAGUCCUUCUCCCAAGGUGCUUGUGGAACACUUGUUGGAGUGUUCAGGAAGGUAUGGUUUCGAAUCUGAUUCGCGGGUUUUCAAUUAUUUAUUGAAUAGUUAUGUUAGAGCUAAUAAGAUUGUAGAUGCUGUUGAGUGUUUUAGAACUUUGUUAGAGCAUGAUGUGAUUCCUUGGGUUCCAAUUAUGAAUAUACUUUUGACUGCAAUGGUUAGGAGGAACAUGAUUUGUAAUGCACGCCAACUGUAUGAUGAAAUGGUUGAGAGAGGAAUGUAUGGGGAUUGUUUUACUUUACAUGUUGUUAUGCGUGCUUGUUUGAAAGAAGGGAAAUUUGAGGAGGCUGAGAAGUUUUUCAAGGAGGCAAAAGGUAGAGGGUUGAAACUCGAUGCGGCUUCAUACAGCAUUGUUGUUCAGGCGGUUUGUAAGAGGAUGGACUUGAAUUUGGCGUGUAAGUUGUUGAAGGAGAUGAGGGAAUUGGGGUGGGUGCCUUCUGAGGGUACUUAUACUUCUGUUAUUGUUGCUUGUGUGAAGCGGGGAAAUUUUGUGGAGGCAUUGAGGCUUAGGGAUGAGAUGGUGAGCAGCGGUGUUCCUGCGAAUGUAAUUGUUGCAACAAGCUUGAUGAAAGGGCAUUGUAUGCAAGGAGAUGUGAAUGUUGCGUUGCAGUUGUUUGACGAGAUUGUUGCGUCUGGUGUUGCUCCAGAUGUGGGUAUGUUCUCUCUUUUGAUAGAUGGGUGCUCUAAGAUUGGGGAUAUGGAGAAGGCUUAUGAUCUUUACACCCAAAUGAAGCUCAUGGGCAUCCAGCCCACUGUCUUGAUUGUAAAUUUUCUGGUGAAAGGAUUUUGGAAACAGAAUUUGCUAGAAAAUGCGUAUGGAUUGCUUGAUGAGGCAGUUGAGCGGGGUAUUGCUAAUGUUGUUACAUAUAACAUUAUUUUAAUGUGGCUCUGUGAACUGGGAAAGGUUAAGGAGGCUUGUAAUUUAUGGGACAAGAUGAUGAGUCAUGGUAUUACACCUUCACUAGUUUCUUACAACAACUUAAUACUUGGUCACUGCAAAAAGGGUUGCAUGGAUGAUGCCUAUAGUGCACUGAAUGAUAUUCUUGAAAGGGGUUUGAAACCGAACGCUGUUACAUACACUCUUUUAAUAGAUGGAUUUUUUAAAAAGGGCGAUUCCGAGAGAGCCUUUGUUAUGUUUGAGCAAAUGUUGGCUGCAAGUAUUGCGCCUACUGACCACACAUUUAACACUGUUAUAAACGGCUUGGGUAAAACUGGCCGGGUGUUUGAGGCACAGGAUAAGUUGAAAGAUUUUAUCAAGCAGGGUUUUAUUCCCACUUCCAUUACUUAUAAUAGCAUCAUAAAUGGAUUUGUCAAGGAAGGUGCAAUUGAUUCUGCACUGUUUGCCUACCAGGAGAUGCGCGAAAGGGGAAUUUUUCCUAAUGUUAUCACUUAUACUAGUUUGAUAAAUGGAUUCUGCAAAUGUAAUAAGAUUGAUCUUGCUUUGGAAAUGCAUAAUGACAUGAAAAACAAGCGCAUGGAAUUGGAUGUUACCACCUAUAGUGCUCUCAUUGAUGGUUUCUGCAAAAUGCAAGACAUGGAAAGUGCAAGCAAAUUCUUCUCUGAACUUUUGGCCAUUGGUUUGGCUCCAAACGCGGUUGUUUAUAACAGCAUGAUUAGUGGCUUCCGACAUUUGAAUAAUAUGGAAGCAGCACUUAACUUGCACCAGAAAAUGAUAGAGAAUAAGGUUCCAUGUGAUUUGAAGACAUACACCUCAUUGAUUGGUGGUCUUUUGAGAGACGGUAAAUUGAGUUUUGCUUUAGAUCUUUACUCAGAGAUGAUUUCCAAGGGUAUUGUGCCUGAUAUCUUCAUGUAUACAGUUCUCAUAAACGGACUCUGUAACCAUGGACAACUAGAAAAUGCAGGCAAGAUUCUAAAGGAAAUGAAUGGAAAUAAUAUAAUUCCUUCGGUUCUCGUUUAUAAUACUUUAAUUGCUGGACACUUUAAAGAGGGUAAUCUGCAAGAGGCUUAUAGACUGCAUGAUGAGAUGCUUGAUAAAGGUCUUGUUCCUGAUGAUAUUACAUAUGAUAUUCUUGUAAAUGGAAAGCUCAAGGUAUCACAUACUCUUGCUGGAGCUUAAUUCACUCAACUAAGAUUGAUGGCAUACAAUCUACUUAUGGAUUCUAUUGCAAAAUGAGUCUUGCAGAAAGUUAUUGAACGGCUUGAAAUUGGUCCAAUCAAUAUUCCAUUGUUUAUCUUAUGGAUCUAGAAAUGUAGACCAUAACUCUGUUCAUGACAUCUUCCAUAGGAAUUGUAGUUCUUUCAUUUUAUUUAUGGGAAUCCUUUUGUAAACGUCAGGAGCCAGAUAAUGUGAGUUCUAAUAAUAGGAAAAGUGAGUUCUUUCUUUGCCAAGAGCAUAAUAACGUCAAGAGCCAGAUAAUGUUCAGAUAAUUAAAUUUUUUGGUAAUAGGAAUUCGACUAACUGCAGUGUGGCAUUGAUUAUCAGUGAGGCUAUUAGCAAUGGGAAGACACACACAAUUCAGGUGUGAUCUUAACAACCAUCUAGUUUCCUUUAUAUAUGGAUUACUUUUUUACUUCCAUUUAUUUGAUGUUCUUGUUUUAGAAGUACCGAUUUAAUGCUAAACUUACCCUUUUUUACUUGACAAGGAGGGAUAAAUGUUAAGUUGUUUCCUUUUCACUAAAUAAUUACUCAGGCUACUAAUUCAAGACUCAUUUUAGAUUAGAAUUGUGUUUAUGUCCUAUAAUAUUAUAUCAAUUCAGUUUUAACA